AUGAGCAUAUGUGUACAGAUUUUAUUAUUUGUGUUCGUAAUAACAAACGCAGUGUUCAUACCAUUCAGACAAUUACAUGAUUAUGCUAAAGAUGGACGUCCAGUGGACGGCCCUUUCCCCUCUAAUUUAAUGAACAUACCGUACUACUGCUACCAGGCGCCUUCGAAGGGUCCUUGUGACCGAGUGUUCUUCGUUUGGUUCUACGAUGUUGUUAGGAGAGAGUGUAUGCCGAUGUUCUAUUCGGGUUGCGGCGGCAACGAAAACAGAUUUACGACCAAAGCCGAUUGUCAGAAUCAUUGUGAUCGCAAACGUAGAAUAUAA